CGUCGUUUAAAUAGGGCGAGCGAUUAACUGUAAUUCAUUCAUUCUUUCAGCGUCAACUGAUUCACUGAAGCGACAAUGAGCGGCAGAGGCAAAACCGGAGGUAAAGCCAGAGCUAAGGCUAAGACUCGCUCUUCCAGGGCUGGACUGCAGUUCCCCGUCGGCCGUGUCCACAGACUGCUCCGCAAAGGUAACUAUGCUGAGCGCGUCGGUGCCGGUGCUCCGGUGUAUCUGGCAGCUGUGCUUGAGUAUCUGACUGCUGAGAUCCUCGAGUUGGCUGGAAACGCCGCUCGGGACAACAAGAAGACCCGUAUCAUUCCCCGUCAUCUGCAGCUUGCGGUGCGCAAUGAUGAGGAGCUGAACAAACUGCUGGGCGGAGUGACCAUCGCACAGGGUGGUGUGCUGCCCAACAUCCAGGCGGUACUGUUGCCUAAGAAAACCGAAAAGGCCGCAAAAGGCAAAUAAACGUGCCAGAGAUCUGUUUUAACACCCAAAGGCUCUUUUAAGAGCCACUCACUCUAUCUGAAAAGUGCUGACUUCCUAAUACACCCGUAACAUAAAACCUAAACCAUGUGCGUUUAUUUGAUAACCCAAAUAAAGCC